ACUAGAUAGCCACCACAACACACCACACAACACCACAAUCAUAAAAGCCCAGUUCUGCGAUCCACGUCAUCAUCCUCAACCUCUUUCCAAGAAGAAGAAGAAGAAGAAGAAAAGGGAUAACCCCUUUUUUUCUCUCUUGAAUUUGGUGCGUUCGGGCGAAGACGAUCCAUCAUCGCUCGACUCACCCGAUUCGAAUCGUUCGUUCGUUCUCUCUUUCUCUCUCUCUCUGGAUUUCUUAUCGAAGAUGCGACGCUCUGUAUCUAAAAAGACGGGUCAAUCCAAUUCUACUCCUUCCGUCAAUUCCGAUCUCUUCCGCUCUGCUUCAAGUAAAGCAAGCUCGAAGGAAUCAGAACGAAUUGAUAGUCUGUUUUAUACGUAUGCCAAUGGAUCUACUGGUUUGAUUGAGCCAGAAGGAAUUGAAACACUUUGUGCUCAUAUGGAGGUGGAUCAUACUGAUGUGAGAAUUUUGAUGCUUGCAUGGAAAAUGAAAGCUGAGGAGCAAGGAUAUUUUACCUUGGAUGAAUGGAGGAGAGGCUUAAAAGCAGUAAGGGCUGAUACAGUAAGUAAAUUGAAGAAGGUACUUCCAGACCUUGAAAAAGAGGUCAGGAGGCCAUCCAAUUUUGCAGAUUUCUAUUCUUAUGCUUUCCAAUAUUGUUUGACAGAGGAGAAACAGAAAAGCAUUGAUAUAGAGAGCAUUUGUGAAUUACUUACACUUGUUUUGGCUUCAACAUUUCCAGCCCAAGUAAACUCGUUUGUGGAAUAUUUGAAGACUCAAAAUGAUUACAAGGUCAUAAACAUGGAUCAAUGGAUGGGAUUUUUCCGGUUUUGCAAUGAGAUAAGUUUCCCUACGCUUAAUGACUAUGAUCCUGAACUUGCCUGGCCCUUAAUCCUGGAUAAUUUCGUGGAAUGGGUGCGAGAAAAGCAAAAAUAACUUUAUCUUUUUAGCUGCCUGAUUCUCUGUAAACUGCAAUCAUCGGACUUCGUAAGUAAGAGAAACUGUCGGACUACAAAAUCAGAUAGAUGCCUUGUGGCUCGCUUAUUGUACUCAACAUUACAAGUUGUGUUCUUCUGUUGGCCCAGUUUCUUAAUGGGCAUUCUAAACAUAAACCAUUGUUACUUUUAAUUUCAAAUUUUCAUUUUGUGCUAUAGAUCAUGCACUUAAGGCUAGAUACAAGCUUGUACUUUGUGAUCAUUGCCAUCCCAACAUCAUCUAUCCUAUUCUUAUUAUUCACGUAAGAGCUUUUAUUGAACUGAAUUGAGUGAGAUCAUAAUUAUACACAAUUUUAUUUUUAUUUUU